AUGCCCAUCAAAUCGGAAUUUCGCCCGGCCUUCGAACGGCUCCGCAAGCAACACGGUAUUAUAUUCACCGACGCUAUUUCCCCGAAAGAAUGGCCAGAUAACCAUCGUGGCAUAUUCGAGGCUAUCGAAAAGCUUAAACAAUUCAAGUAUAGUACAUAUGCAACUGCUGAGGAAAGCGAGGAUAGCUUCGAUUGGAAGUCCAAAGCCAAAGAGCAUGCCCGGAAACUCAGUGAGAAGACUAAAGAUUGCGUCUCCAGGAACGAGGCAACCUGGAGAUUUGCCUGUGAACCUCUGGUCUUUAGUCGUUUAACAUCUGAGAUAGCGUGCAAAACCUGUCGAAAGCGGGUAUGGCGAUCUGAGGUUGAGGCGAGGCUGGAGGGCGACAGUCGGGCUGCGGCCAAGCUUAAGAAGCGGCAACAGAACCGUGAGCCUUGUCGAUGCCCUCGAAAUACACGACCCAAUGAUGAGGAUGAGAGAGUCGGGCUCAACAGGCUAUUUAUAGACAGAGCUGAAGACAAGGUCAUCCACCCGCCAGAUCUAGCGAAACAGCUACCUCAGGAACAACGACCAGAUCGUGUAUACGGGCUUCGACAGACUAGGAACUUUGAGGAUCUAAUGUUCAAGGAGAUUGGGAGCGGCGAGUUUCUCGGGGAACGUCUACAACAACAGCCGCACCCUACUGUCCAGGGUGAAGCCCUGCUCUUUCCAUUUCUUGUCAUCGAAGCAAAAGCGGGUAACGCGGCGGAUGACUGGUCAUCUAUAAGUCUACAAACAGCCUUCCCUAUCUACACGUACCUGAACUGUCAAGAGAGUCUUCGAUCUGCCGCGUCACAGGGAUCGAAAUCCGCGACGAGCUCAUUAGUUUGGUUUUUCAUGAGCAGGGGGGAAGACUGGAGGCUCUCUCUAGCGUAUAGAAAGCCCAGAACCGGUCAGCUAUUCCUUGGAAACCCUCGUCACACUACAGAAGUCGUCCACGUUUGGAACGGAUGCAUAACAAGUCGCGAUGACGCCCUCCAACUGUUCCUGAUAGUCGACUAUAUGUCUGACUGGGCACGAGACGUCUACCGGUCAGCCCUUCUCACUGACUUGAGAAGCCUCUCACCUGGCGACAUAGACGUUGCCACCGUUUUCACAGAUACCGAUAUAUAUUCUUCGAGAGAUUUACUACCAUCUUAUGAUAUUGAGACAUCCCACUCUGGCCAUCAUGAGAUGCAGACGGCUUUCAGAGAUCUCGAUAGCCGCCUUGGAAUCAUUCGCCACAUCGCACCAAUAGAAACUAGAUUUCUAUCCCUAUUCAUUACAGCAGAUAACAUACAAACAUUUCUCCUCUCUAUGGGUACGAAAAUUCGGGAAUACUUCCUCCGACGAGUUUUGGAUCAGUUCCACUCGUAUCAGACACCUUGCCUUCUUAGCUCUGACCAGUUGAAUGCUAUGGAGGAAGGUUGGACUGGUCUGUCGCGGCCCAGGGCUGCUUUUAACAUACGGCGCAUCAAAUUCUAUACCAUCCAUCUCGUAUCAUAUUUUCUUUCGGCUUCUUGGGAACAAGCUCGUGAGCUUUGUGUCAUUGCUAUUGCUGAGGACGCCUUCGAAACUCUUAUUGCCGAAUCGAAGUUGCGAACCAAGCGUGGCAAAGCUAGAAAGCCAAGUUUUGUUAUAGAUGGAGAUAAUAUCCAGCCAGGCAACAGUCUCACUGAUUACAUCUCUAAACUACGCAGCGCUCGUGCCGAUCAAAACCUAUUGGCUUGCAUUUCACGGACCACGGGCUAUGUUGACUUUGGGACUAACGGAAUUUCGCCAUGGUUUAAAGCUGACGACGCCCUUACUUGGGAGCUAGUGGAAAACACAUACAAGUUUCACAAAAGAGGAGAACUAGAGCCUGAGCUCCCAUUCCUUCGUAUCUCGAAGUCAUAUGAGACACAAGAAAUAAUCCAGAACGGUAGUGAUGCAACAACAUCUGACGUUUCGAACGUCGCUCUUGUUCUAAACACAGUCACCCGAUCCCGCCAUUAUAUGGAAAUCUUCAAAUUUCUGACGCAGGAGCGAUUUUAG